CUCUCCCCCUCUGCAACCUCAGCGCCCGGCGCUGGCUUUACAGCUGUUUUUAGGCCUGGGGGUGAGGGUCUGCGGAAGGUGGACCCGGCUGCCGCUCCGCCCGCCCACCCGCGGCUGCGUUCGCCCGCUCCUGCCGCCCUAGCCCAGCCGCUGGGGGCGGGGGGACGGGGACGCUGGGAGGGCGACUUCCGUGCGGCUGCCAGUGCUUCUGACUGACAGGCACUGUCCCCACAGCCCGCGCUGCCCGCCACGUCCCCGGUCUCGGCCGACGGCACAGCGUGGCCGGUGACCUUUCCGAGCCCAGCGCGAUGACGGCUACCUGCUCCCGGCUGGCCCGGCUUUCUUGGCGCCGCUGGCGUCGGCCCGUCCCGUUCCCGCCGCCACCGCGGCCACUGCUGUUGUUGCUGCUGCUACUGGCGGCCGUAGGGCCGGCACACGGCUGGGAGAGCGGAGACCUGGAGUUAUUUGACUUGGUGGAGGAGGUGCAGCUCAACUUCUACCAGUUCCUCGGGGUGCAGCAGGAUGCUUCAUCUGCAGACAUUAGAAAAGCAUAUCGUAAGCUUUCACUGACUUUGCAUCCAGACAAGAAUAAAGAUGAAAAUGCAGAAACUCAGUUUAGACAAUUGGUGGCCAUUUAUGAAGUUUUAAAGGAUGAUGAACGAAGGCAGAGGUAUGAUGAUAUUCUGAUCAAUGGACUUCCAGAUUGGCGACAGCCUGUAUUCUACUACAGGCGGGUGAGAAAAAUGAGCAAUGCUGAGCUGGCAUUACUUUUGUUCAUUAUUCUCACGGUGGGUCAUUAUGCUGUGGUUUGGUCAAUCUACCUGGAAAAACAACUGGAUGAACUGCUUAGUAGAAAAAAAAGAGAAAAGAAAAAAAAGACAGGCAGCAAGAGUGUGGAUGUAUCAAAACUUGGUGCUUCAGAAAAAAAUGAAAGAUUACUGACAAAACCACAGUGGCAUGAUUUGCUUCCAUGCAAGCUGGGAAUUUGGUUUUGCCUUACACUAAAAGCAUUGCCUCAUCUAAUCCAGGAUGCUGGGGAGUUUUAUGCUAAAUAUAAAGAAACAAGAUUGAAGAAAAAGGAAGAUGCGUUGACUAGAGCUGAACUUGAAACACUUCAAAAACAGAAGAAAGUUAAAGUAAAAAAGCCAAAACCUGAAUUUCCUGUAUAUACACCUUUAGAAAGUGCAUAUAUUCAGUCUUAUGAUCAUGGAACUUCUAUAGAAGAAAUUGAGGAACAAAUGGAUGAUUGGCUGGAAAACAGAAACAAAACACAGAAAAAGCAGGCACCUGAAUGGACAGAAGAGGACCUCAGCCAGCUGACAAGAAGUAUGGUUAAGUUCCCAGGAGGGACCCCAGGUCGAUGGGAAAAGAUUGCCCACGAAUUGGGUCGAUCGGUGACAGAUGUGACAACCAAAGCCAAGCAGCUGAAGGAGUCGGUUACCUGCUCCCCAGGGAUGGUCAGACUCUCUGAACUCAGAUCUACAGCUCAGAAUUCCAGGCCCACCAAGGCCACCACGGCCUUGCCAGAUGACAUCAUCACCCAAAGAGAAGAUCUAAAGCAGGCUGGGGAGGAGGAUGAGGAGGACGAGCAAGAGGAUGACGACGACGAGCAGGAGGCAGUGGUCCCGGAAAGCCGGCCACGGAGGCGAAGGCCAGCCAGGCUGCCUGAGGCUGCUGCAAAGGUGGAGCCAGAGGAGAAGUUCAGAGGAAAGAGGCAGAAGGACUUUGAUAUAUCAGAACAAAAGGAAUCCAGCGAUGAGGAGAGCCAGAAGAAAGACAGAACUCGUGCUGCCGAGGAACCCUGGACUCAGAGUCAACAGAAACUUCUGGAAUUAGCAUUACAGCAGUACCCAAAGGGAUCCUCUGACCGCUGGGACAAAAUAGCCAAAUGUGUCCCGUCUAAGAGUAAGGAAGACUGUAUCGCUAGAUACAAGUUGCUGGUUGAACUGGUCCAAAAGAAAAAACAAGCUAAAAGCUGAAUAUUCUGGAAGAUGAUGUUCACCUUCAUUUUCCAAAAAUGAUUAUUUUAAAAGUCUUAUGCAGAAAUUUGCAUUUUGUACCUCAGUAUUUCUAUACGUCAUGUGCCUUAGUAAAACAAAACAAAAAAAUUAAAAAAAAUUUUUUAAAUAUUGUGUUAUAUUGUUUAAACAAAGACUGUGUUAAAGGAGAAAAAAGAUCUGGGUAUUUUACAGAUUAUUUUCUUUCUCAUCAUUACAAAGUUUACUUUCCUGCAAACAAACUCAGUAGCACCCACAAUCAGCAAACACAGGACUUUGAAAUAACACAGGAAUGAACUAACAUGUAAGAAUUAACAUAAUGUAUGUCUUUGACCAAAGAGCUCACCGCUUUCAGAAGCUAAUGGGUAGCCGGCCGCAGGAGCUCAGGAAGACAGAUACCCUCUCACUUUAGAGCUAGCUGGCUAAGAAUUGUGUGCGGCUAUCUUCAUUAGUUAAUUCUAUCUAGAAAAAAAGUCAGUCUACAUGAAUAAGGAUAGAAGGCGAUGAAGGUGAGAAGCCCCCAAGCUAGGCUGGUGGGCAGAGUUGCGUUCCCCACUAGAGCCCGCAGAUGAUGUGGGGAGGGGGAGUCAAGCACCCACAGCAACCCGCUGGCAGCCCCCUUCUCCAGGCCCAGCGCCUCCCCUUUCCAGAGCCACCAGGGGCAGACUUAGCUACUGAUGCUUCAAGGCCCAGCUCUGUGACAUGCGGGGCCUUGGUUUACUCCUUUGUCUCCAUUCCUCGCCCGGGGGAGUAGGAAAUAAUGGUAGCUGCUGCAUAGGCUGUUAGGACAA